UUUCCAUUGAAUGGCCCCUUUGAUGAAAAAUAUUGGCGGUUAUGUUCAAUUUAUGAGCAAAUUUUCUCUUGCUUUUUCCUCCACGGGGCGAAGACCAGGGAUGAGUGCGAACUUUGACCCCCAAUAUUUUUCUUCAAAAGGGCCAUUCAACGGAAGGAUAAGCGUCAUGCGACUCCUAAUUUUUGGCUUGAUUUUUGGAUAUAACUCCCUAGUCGAUCCCAGUGUACCUAGAUCUAAAAAAGGUUCCAUUGUGAGUUAUUUUUCUUUGCAGAACCGCCUCAUGAGCUUAGGACAUACUCUUUCGACACUAAAGAUACUGAUCUGAAAUCUCCCCUUAACGACACCCACUCCCCCUGGAAGACGGACGACUCUCUAAAAUGCUUCCAGCUAUUGGGAUCUGGUAGUUUCGGAAAAGUGUACGAGGCCAUCGAUCAGACCGACGUGGUUAAUCCAAACGUCGCCGUAAAAUGCGUCGAUAUUCGGAAAACGCUUCGAUGCAGUGCCGCAUCAAACUUCAGCACAAGGGACGUUGGCUAUUUUGCUGCCGUUUUGAAUGAAAUAGUCGUCCUUAGUGGACUCAGCAAUGACCACGUGGUACGCUACAUUAGCUGUUGGGCGGAAGCAGAAGGUACUGAGAAAUUAGACCGGUUUCAACUUCAGGCAUACGUGGAUUCCCUUCUGCUCAACUCAGCCAGCUCGACCGGUCUGAUGUGGGUGCCCCCGAGCAAUAUUUACAUCAAGAUGGAACUCUGUCAAUUCACGUUGAAAUAUUUCUUAGAGAAUCAUCAGCUCAUCCCAAAUUUUGCAAAUGGACAUGUAGCCGCCAUAUUCAAAGAUAUCGCGACAGGGCUGAGUUACAUUCAUUCGAAGGGGUUCAUUCAUCGGGAUAUAAAACCGGGAAAUAUAUUUUGUAAGGUACACCCAAUUUGUGGCUGUAUCUGGAAAAUGGGGGAUCUUGGUUUAGCAACGAGGGAUUUGGACAAGACUUUCGGCCAGGUGGGGACCGACUGUUACAGAAGUCCGGAAAUGAAGCGUGGGUUUGGUUACACGACAAAGGCGGACAUGUGGAGUUUAGGCCUCGUGUUUUUGGAGUUAGUACAACAGGACGGGAAUGGCUUUAAUGUGGCGCAGGUUUCGGAAAAAUUGCACAAUCUUGGAAUUUCAAGACAUAGAUAUUUAUAUCUAAAAGAGGCUGUUGUACAAGAGAGGUUUGCAAUUUGGGUAAAAGUAAUUAAUAAGUUGGUUAACCCGGAUGAAAUGAAGAGAAUUUCGUCCACCGAGUUGGAAGUGGCGUUAAACAGAAUCUAUUAUUGAAAUUUUACCGUUAAGGUGUGUAAAUUAUUGUUACAGAUGUAUUAUAUUUUAUUUCGUGAGGAGAGCAUUGCAAUGCAGAAUAUGUAAUUUCAAUAUUAUUUUCACUAAAUUAACAGGUACUUAUACUGUAAACAUGUAUAUUAUACAAUAUUUAGAUAAAUAAGAGUUUAUGCAAAAUCAAAUUUAGUUAAUUACUGCUUCAUUAAUCUAUGCUCAUUUUUACCUUAUUUGCUUCUAAGAAUGGUUAG